AAAGAAAUAGCGGCAAUCGACUCAAAUUUUCUACUUGAUGACAGUAACAGAGAUUGAUGAUUGAGGUGUUGUUCUUGUAUCCUUAAUUGUUCAGUGAAUCAUCAAUGUGGUUGCUUUGAUUUCACGGAUUAUGAACCCUAAUUUUCUACUUAUCGCUAUAGCAGACAUAAACCCUCAAUCUCCUACCAUAUGAACCCUAAUUGGUUUAUAUAUUUCAUUCUCUGCAUCUUAUAAGCUGUAAUAAUGGAAGCUCCUAAAAGUUUAAUCGACAAGAUCAACGCUCAAUUCACUACAUCUUUACAUUUCGCAUCUCCCUUACCCUCUUCGCGUACAACCGAAUUCGAUUUGGUUAGAGGUGUGUUGCAGAUUCUUCAAGGGUUUUCAAGCUCUUUGUUUUACUGGGAUCGGAUCCGGCAGCGGUAUCGCCCGAAAGACGGGUUAUAUGUAACUCACCUCUCUCAGACCAGUCUUUGUAUGGUUUUAGACCAGUUUGUAUAUUCAGCCACAUGCUUGAAACUGGUGGAGAUUACGGUCGGUAAGAUGCAAGAGAGAUCGCCUCCGCCUACCUUAAGAGCAUUUGCGCAGUCAGUUUCUGCUUGGCUUGCGAAGUUACGCGAUAUUGCUUCGAAAGAGGAAGUAAAGAUGACUGGGACUACUCCAACCAUUUUGGGAUUAGCAAGUUCUUUAACGAGUCUUUGUUCCGGAGCAGAAUACUUAUUGCAGAUAGUGCAUGGUGCCAUCCCCAAAGACUACAUUGAAGGUGGCACUCGUGUCUCAUCAGCUGAAAUGGCCGUUCACAUUCUUAACCGUCUUUAUGAGAAGCUUAAUGAUGCCUGCCUCGUGCAAGGUGGCGAGGAAGACUCGUACCGAAUGCUACUCUAUAUAUUUGUCGGUUGCUUAUUGCCAUAUAUUGAGGUUCUUGAUUCCUGGAUUUUUGAGGGAAUAUUAGAUGAUCCCUUUGAGGAGAUGUUCUUUUAUGCUAACAAAGCGAUUGCAAUAGACGAGGCUGAAUUUUGGGAGAAAAGUUACCUCUUACGAUCCACACAGCAUAAGAAGCUAAACAUGGCUCACGUGACACUAAAAAAGAUACCGGUAUCAUCAAAAACGAAGGGGCAAAACGAAAGGGAUCUUAUGGUCUGUCCUUUGUUCCUUAAGGACAUCGCGAAAGAGAUAAUAUCAGCUGGAAAGUCAUUGCAGUUGAUCCAACAUGUUCCGAUAACAUCAUCAUCAGCAUUAGUUAGUAGACAUGAUGACACCAAACGGUGCAUGACUCAGCUAAGCUUGUCAGAGAUAUUUUGUUUGUCGUUAACAGCUCUUAUCGGGCACGGUGAUCACAUGUCUCAGUUCUUUUGGCAAAAUGAUAAAAUUGUUUCCGCAAGUGAAUCUUGUGUGGGAACAUCGUGCUCCGAGAAGAUUUGGUAUAAGUUUUUGGUUGAUGGAUUACCUGCAAAAAGAGAGUGUGUUAAUGUUAACGGAGAGAAUGAAAUUUCGCUUGAGCCCGUUGUUACCUCUUUCUGUCCUGAAAAUCCCACUAUCACUGUCUGCCAAAAGCUUCUGCAAGCAAAUACUGGUGAAUGGAAUACAUUAAACUUGUCUAACAACUAUAUUCUUCCUCCUUUAAACGAUGAAGAAUUGAGAAAAGCUAUAUUUGACGGGACCACAUCUAACGGAACAAAUUAUGCUAGUGGUUUUCCAUUUGGUGAUUCUGAAAUAGUUCACUCGCGACAUGGUAUAAAGGUGGUGGAAGCAUUAUUUCCAUUUCCGACCGUUCUUCCAUCCUUUAAGGAGGACCUUCUUAUAUCGGAGCUUUUACCGUUUCAAAAGAAUAGCACCCUUGUAUCGAAAGUCCUUAGCUGGAUUCAAACCGUUGAACCAAAAUCUACUCCACUUCCUGUUGUUAUACUGCGCGAAUGCCUUACUUUCUACAUCAAGAAGCAGGUAGAUAAUAUUGGAAGUCAGAUAUUGUCAAAGUUGCUACGUGACUGGAAGUUGAUGGAUGAGCUAGGAGUAUUGCGUGAUGUAUAUUUGUUAGGCUCUGGUGAUCUACUGCAGCAUUUUUUGGUGGUAGUGUUUAAAAAGCUUGAUAAAGGAGAAUCAUGGGAUGACGACUUUGAACUAAACACGGUGUUACAGGAAUCAAUCAGAAACUCUGCUGAUGGCACACUACUAAGCUCGCCGGAUUCGUUGGUCGUGUCGUUAACGAAAAUGGAUGUUCAACAGACGAGUACAUCAUCAUCAUUUGUUGCCUCGAGUCCCCGUAAAGCGCGUGCGCAGACGUCUGGAAUUAAUGACCUUGACUCACUUAAAUUCACAUACAAGGUGUCUUGGCCACUUGAACUCAUUGCAAAUGCUGAAGCUUUAAACAAGUACAACCAGGUGAUGAAUUUCUUAUUAAGGGUCAAGCGUGCCAAAUUUGUCCUUGAUAAAGCUCGAAGAUGGAUGUGGAAGGAACGAGGCACGACGACAGUUAACCGAAAGCAUAGGUGGUUGGUGGAGCAAAAACUUCUUCAUUUUGUUGACGCGUUUCAUCAAUACGUUAUGGACAGAGUGUACCACAGCGCAUGGAGUGAGUUAUGUGAAGGUAUGGCAGCAGCUGGAUCUCUUGAUGAAGUGAUUCAAGUACAUGAGGCCUACUUACUCUCAAUUCAGCGUCAAUGCUUUGUAGUUCCGGACAAACUCUGGGCAUUGAUAGCGAGCCGGAUCAACAGCAUACUUGGACUUGCUUUGGACUUGUAUUCAGUGCAGCAGACGUUAAGUAGUGGCGGAACAGUUGCUGCAAUCAAAGCUAGAUGUCACAAGGAAGUUGAUCGCAUCGACAAACAAUUUGAUGACUGCAUGGCGUUCCUCCUCAGGGUUCUGUCUUUCAAGCUUAACGUGGGUCAAUUUCCACAUUUGGCGGAUUUAGUUACGAGAAUUAAUUACAACAACUUUUACAUGUCCGACACUGGAAACUUGAUCACGGCUCCUGCGUCUGACUCUGUAAAGUUUAAGUUGGCCAAGACUGUAUCAGUUUGAAUAGCGAAAAAGAUGAGGGUUUGUUGUAAUCAUAUUCAUUCAUGUACUUUAUUGCUUGGUAUCGAUCAAGUGAGCGUUUUGAGAAAUUUACCACCAAACUUGCUAUUGUGGGUGGAUCACAGCAAAAUGUAAAUUAAAAACAUCAUACCGCCA